AUGCAAGUGUAUACGAUGCAAAGAUAUGGAGAAGGAUGCAUUGAUCCUAAGUUUCCGCAUUUACCUCUCUGCUCCUGUUUGAGAAAAGCACCAAAAGGGGAAGAGAAUGCUUGUUUACCUGCUCAGGACGAUCAAGGAGCUAGUCUAGAAAGCAACACGGCGGCUUCGAAUAGGUAG